UCUUUGAUUAUCCAGGGCUGGGAGAAGGUUCUGCACUUCACGACAGCAGGACUCAUCCUCAAACAUUAGAAAAGAAUGCGUGGCGAACUUUCAAGGAAUCGCAGUGUCAUCACAUGCUGAAACAUCUUCACAAUGGAGCUCGGAUUACUGUACAGAUGCCACCCAUGAUUGAGGGACAUUGGGUUUCAACUGGUUGUGAAGUUAGAGCAGGUCCCGAAUUCAUCACAAGAUCCUACAGAUUCUACCAUAACAAUACAUUUAAAGCUUAUCAGUUUUACUAUGGAAGCAAUCGGUGUACAACCCCAAUCUAUACCUUGGUUAUCCGUGGUAAAGUCCGCCUUCGUCAAGCAUCCUGGAUUAUCCGAGGAGGGACCGAAGCGGAUUAUCAAUUGCAUAACAUUCAGAUCAUCUGCCACAAUGAGGCAGUAGCUGAUAAACUAAAUCAGUUGGUGAAUCGUACAUGUCCUGGAUUUGUAGCAGGAGAUAAACCUUGGGAGCAGAAUGUGAGCUAUGAUUUAUGGAGAGAAGAGAAUGGCUAUGAGUGUACAAAGGCACUGAAUUUUGCUAUGCAUGAACUUCAACUGAUUCGAGUAGAGAAACAAUACCUUCACCAUAAUUUAGAUCACUUAGUAGAAGAACUGUUUCUUGGCGACAUCCACACAGAUCCUGCUCAAAGGAUGUAUUAUCGCCCAUCCAGUUAUCAACCUCCACUCCAAAAUGCCAAGAACCAUGACCAUUCGUGUAUAGCAUGUAGGAUCAUCUAUCGAUCAGAUGAACACCAUCCUCCAAUUUUGCCUCCAAAAGCGGAUUUAACUAUUGGAUUACAUGGGGAAUGGGUGAGCCAGCGCUGUGAAGUACGUCCUGAAGUGCUCUUUCUUACUAGACAUUUCGUUUUCCAUGACAACAAUAAUACCUGGGAAGGUCACUACUAUCAUUAUUCUGAUCCAAUCUGCAAGCAUCCCACGUUCACUAUUUAUGCAAAAGGCCGUUACAGCAGGGGUGUACAUUCAACCAAAGUGAUGGGAGGAACAGAAUUUGUCUUUAAAGUGAACCAUAUGAAAGUUACUCCCAUGGAUAUAGCUACAGCCUCUCUACUGAAUGUUUUCAAUGGAAAUGAAUGUGGAGCAGAAGGAUCCUGGCACGUUGGGGUACAGCAAGAUGUGACUCACACAAACGGAUGUAUUGCUUUGGGAAUCCGUCUGCCUCACACAGAAUACGAGAUCUUCAAAAUGGAGCAGGAUGCCAGGGGGAGAUACUUGCUGUAUAACGGCCAGAGGCCUAGUGAUGGAUCCAGCCCAGACAAACCAGAAAAAAGAGCAACCUCCUACCAAAUGCCCUUAAUCCAGUGUACAUCAGCAGCCCCAAGAAUAGAAGGAACAUUAGAAGAAAACAUUCUAGGCUGGUAUAAUAACGGAGCCUCAACAAGCAAUUCCUGUGCAUUUGUGCUAGCCACAAUAGUCGCUAUUUAUACUGUGCCUCACUUGGACUUUCUCAGCUAGAAGAACAUUUUGAAAUUUCUCAGAUCAGGGCAAUAUAGGAAUUGGGAUUCAUGAGAAUGGCAAAGGGCAUUUUUAAGACAAGAAUAAUUAUUUUCUUGAUGCACUUGAAUGCCUAAAAACUUUUGUUAUUUUCUCAUGUUUUCCUGUAUUUUAAUCAUGAACAGCACUCAUUUCUUUGAGCUUCAUCCAGUCUGAUCUACGGUUUGACAUGACUGCACAAUAAUAAUUGCACUUUAAGACUGCAGUUUCUUUAUUUCAUGUUAAAAACUCUUGUUACAACUAACCGGAACAUAUUCUGCAACCUUUCUUCCAUCAGCUUUGCCGUUGCAGUCCAUUGAAUUAAAACGUAUUUUUUCACUGAAUUUAAUUAUCAGAUAUUAUUAUACUUUUAUAGUGCCAAUAUUAGAAAACUGCAUCUUUCUUAAGCUACAAUGUACAUAUGUAUAUACAAAAAAUUCAAACCAUGGAUGUAUCUAAAUAUACUUUUAUAGAUUUUACAUAUGAAAUGCUUAGAAUAAAAAAACUGAAUGGCAAAUAUAAAAUCUUCAAAAAUUGAAAAUGUAUAAAGAUUUUGUGAAAUUAAAUUCAAUGAUGCAGAAUAAUACAUGACACGUUUUAUAUUGUUGCUCAAUAUAUGAUAAUUUAAUGUUUUUCUGAUUUCCAAUAACUUGUAAUUAAAAUUGUAAAGUAAAAUGGGGGAGGAAAGAUUACGAGACGUCUCAGUUAACAGCCAAAGUAUUUUUAAAAUAUAUUUUCAUGAAAGAAAUGUUGUCAUAUUCAUUGCACGUACCUUGAAUCUCAUUUUAUUAAAGUGGGAAAUUAACUAAAACAGGGCUAAAUCCUAAUAAAUGUCAUUCUUUACAAGGAAACUUUUAAAACUAAGAACAUGUAGCAAUUUGUUAAAGAACAGAUUUAUAAGCAACUUAAAUCAAAUUGCAAACUUGUAUUGGUUGAGCAAAGCAGAGGCAUUUUAGAUGAAGAGUAACUCCAUCUUUACUAGUAAUGGGAAAGAAUAAACUACAAAUAUGUAUCAUUAUUCUUUUUCUUUAGAGUCACAGCUCGUUACUAAAUAAGUCCAGAAAACACAGUAUUCUCCAGAUAGUUUUUUUCUACAGGUGUGCAUUUGUGUGUACUUAUGCACUCACAAAUGCCUACAUCGACUAGUAUGCAUGUCAACUACCACUGUGCAUAGAAAUAGUAAUGAAACAGAGCAUAUGGCUAAGCUAAACCACCAUUAUAUCACAAAACAUAAUAGAUAGCUCUCUUACAUCUUAUAAAAAAGAGUGCAGUAUAUGAUUAUGAUUUAGCCAUUUUGUAACUUUCUUAAUUAUAGAAGUCUAAUUGGAAUUAAAAAUACAAGAAAAAGUUAAAAUGAAGCUUAUCCUUUGAAAUUAAUAAUUAAUUAUGUCAUGUUUAACGUUGUAGCUUAUAAUUUAUUCCCUUUUUAAUAAAAUGCCUUAUUGAAAGCAUUGCAAAAGAUCUGAAUAUGAAUAUGAAUAUGAGAUUAAGAAAAUUCUUACCUAUUUUUUUCCUGGUAUUACGUCAAAACUCAAUAGCAAUUCUACUAAGAUUGCUUUUUGUUAAUAUUAUUUUUGAAUCUUUACAGCUAGCAAUAUAUGUAGAAAAUCAAAAGUACAUUAUGAUCUUUAUUAUUUCUCAAACAUUUCUAAAGAUGAUUUUAAAAUGAUAUACCUACCUACUUCACUUUGGAAGACAAAUGUAUACUUCUGCAAUAGUGACAGUUGUAUUUAAACCCCAUUAUUUUUGAGUUUUUAAACCGAUAAGGUAGCAAUUUUAUUUUUAAUUUAACAGUAAGAAAUAUACAACUUAAUAUGCUUGAACUUCCAGUCAGUACUCUAUACAGUAUUCACUUCCAUGUACUUCCCACAUACUAUUGGAGGAUAUGUGCAUGUUUAUUGACACAAUUUCCUGUCCAAAAUUUCAGUUUACAUACUGACCUGAUCGGCAAAACCCUUCCACUUUUAUAUUUAAUAGGGAAGAUCAUGAGGAUAUCAUAUCUUUAAACUGAAUCCUGCGUUAAAAUAAUGUAGUAUAUAAUGCAUUAUAUUGUUUAAUGCUAAUAAAGGGACUGAGCUCUGAAAUUUUCAUCUCCUCCUGGAAUAGUGAAAUUUACACUAAUGCUGGUUUAAAUAAUCUCCUUCCAAUUGUAUGGAAAAGAAACAAAAUAUAUUAAAACAAAAGGGAAUGGGCAGAUCAUGAAAUUAUAAGCUUCCAUUAAAAUGAAACAAAAAACAAAAAGAACCCAUAAUUGAGCAUUCACAAGAUGUAUGAAAACCAGACAUUCUUAAAAGCAAAUUAGUAUCAUUUGAAAUAUUCCAUUGAUAUAUUGGCCAAAUACUAAUUUCCAGAAAGAAAAGAGAAUUCAUUUAUAUUAAAGGCAUUCAUUUAAAUAAUGAAAACUGCAUGUAAUCCGCUGUAUUUUCUGAUGUUGACAGGCAAAUGGAUUUACAUGUGUGCAAAACUACACCUAACAUAUUAAAACCAAUACAGUAAUCCUCUGCACUUAAAGAGUGUUGGAUUAAUGGGAUCAGCAGGCUGCAAUUGCGUGGAUUCAAGCAUGGUUCCACUUUUUGGGAUUAGAUUGUAAACUGGUUUUAUAUUUAUGUAUGUGCCCAGGAAUUGUAAGAUACAUUUUUUCCUAAUAUUUUAUUCCCUGUUCAUUUUCUAAUUUAAAGUGCUUGGGAAACUUGAGCACAUGAUAAUACCCUGAAUACAGGAAACUAAUUACUAGAAGAAUAACUAAUUCUUCUAAGUAGAACAUGUUUUUGUCAACUACAGCUGUCUCUCAUUUGUUGCUAUCCAGAUGUGUUGAGAUUGAAACUCCCAACAUUCCCUUAGAAACCAUGGUUACAAUACCUCUUAAGGGUGCAAGUCUAUGAAAAUUGUUGUUAGAUUGCAAGAAGAAACAUUUUGCUGUUUUACAAAAAAGUGACAUGCUAUAGUAAACUAAGUAGCAAAUUUACAUAGAUAAAAUGGUGCACAUAAUGCAGGGCUGUCAAACUCCCGGCCCAUGGGCCGGAUGCGUCACAUGCCCAGUUUGGCGAAGGAGAAAAAAGUCCCGAUACAUCACAUGAUGCUGCCGUGACUAUGUGAGUUUGACAUCCCUGACAAAGUAAUUCUGGUAGAAAUUAGCUUUAUUUUAUUCACUUAAUUGAAAUUAUUUAUAUCCAAUUAUCUUUAUUUUUAAAAUAGCAGGGCAUGCUCACAAAUAACUUGGCAUGACAUCGCAGCUAAAGUUCAAGUUUUUCAUUUUGCUCUUAUAUUCUGAGAGGAUAUAUAAAAUCGUCAUCUAAUGUUUAAUAUUUCCAACUCAGAAUUUUAUUUUAUUUUUGAAAAAGUUGCAGAGUUAAAUCCAAAUUUUAUAUUUAUUAAUUACUGUUGUUCAUACUGGCUAUUCUGUAAUGCAUUAAAAAAAAGGAAUACGGUGUAAUCAUUUUUUUAAUGAACCCAGCAAGAUGAUUUAUGUAAAACAACUAUUAGCACAAGCCUGUGCUAGAAACCAAAGUUACACAGAAAAAUGUUCCAGUGCUUCCAACAAGAAUUAAAUGAUUAACAAGACUUAAAAUAUUGCCAUCUAGUGGUAUCAUCUUGCCUCCAAAAGAUGGAUAGAUUUCAUAGUAAUUAUUAUAUUUAUCUAGCAAUAUAAGUCAUGUAUUUACAAGUUGGGGCAGACAGCCAAACUGUGAUAAAGUGUGGAAUAAAUAAAUGAAAAUGUGGAAUAAAAUGUAAAUGGAAAAAAUCCUCUAUCUAGCCAACUAUUAGAUAAAACUAUCACUAACCUCUAGAUUGCCAACAGAAAGCCAUUUUAAAAAACCGGGCUCUUGUCUAAAUUUAGUUUGGGCAACUGCUUUUCAAAAACAUGUUGAAAGCAAACUUCAAUUUAUUGUAUAAUUUAUCUAAACUUUUAUUUUAGGACUGAUGCUACAUUAAAAAAAAGAUUGUGCACAAAUUAGGUUGCAUCAGAAAAGAGGAAUUGUUAGAAUUAUAUUCUAAGCCUGACAGUUCUUAAAACACCCAUUUUGCCUGUUCUGUUCAUGUAACUCAGUUUGUGUAUAAAAAAUGUUGGUCAACUGACUUAAAGGAGACGGGUGUCCAUAGGCUAUGGUCAAGAAUCAGGAUGGUGGUAGCUACAAUGGUGUGACUGACAUGGGUUUUCUAAGGUACACAUGUUUUUAUGCAUCACAACUGGUUUUUUUUUAAUGUGGUAUACUUAAAAAACACGCAGAGCUUUGAUUGCAUUCCUGCAGAUAUCUCUAUAAGAUGAUUUUAAAAACAGUUAAAAUAAAAAUGGCAACAGGAAAACUAGACUUGUGAUACAAAAUCUUUUUUUCUGUAUUUAUAGAAAGGCAAUAUAAGAUUUGGAAAGAUUUACGAACAUUGAAGUUGUUGAAUACCUAAUGUACAAUUCUGUACAUUAUAAUAAAGUAAACUUUUUGUUUU